GGGAGAGUCAGAGACGCGGAGAAGAAGAAGAGGAGUGAGAGAGAGAGAGAAGGAGAGAAUGUCUGCUGAGAGGGUGGCUGUCGUUCCUCGUUCACAAACCGGCCCUCGCUGAGACACCAUGGGCUGUAUCGGCUCCCGCACCAUCACGGUGGAUGCAGUUCCCGUUCGGAAAGAUGGGGAGCAGGGGUUACCAGAUCAAUGAAGGACAAAGUGACCAAGCCCACUGCCAUGGCUCAGGGUCGUGUGGCCCACAUGAUUGAGUGGCAGAGCUGGGGUAAACCAUCCGCAGGGCCAGAAGGGGGAGCGGGACGCUCCAAUCUGAACCGCGAGAGGGAGAGACGGCUUGAAAAUGACGCCUAUAGUGACCUGAGUGAUGGAGAAAAAGAGGCACGAAUGGCAGCGGGCAUUAUGCAGCAGUUUGCCAUCUCUGAGGCCACACUCUUAACCUGGAACUAUAUGGAUGGAGAGAGUCUCUGUGCCAACUCCAACCAGGGCAGCGUGGCUCACCUCAGUGAGGUUAACCAGGAGAGCAUCACCAGCAGAGACCAGCCGUUGCAUCACUCCUCGGCAGAAGUGUGGCCUCACACCUAUGUCUCCCAAGGCCUUUACUGUCUCUCCUCCUCUGAUGCGUGGGAGCCAAUCAGCAACGAGCCCUCGGUCGUAGCUUCUCCCGCUGCCAGCUCUUACAUCAUGGCGGGCGGGGCUUCGGGUGAGGGUUAUGACGGCUCCACCCACUAUUUGACACAGCAGCAGCUGACGUUGCAGCAGCAGAACCACCUACAGCAGUUCCAACAGUAUCAGCAGUACCAGCAGCAGCAGCUCCUGCAGUAUCAACAGUCUUUGGAACAUCGACUGCACAGCGCCUCUCACUCCUUACAAGCCACGCCCAACAGCACUAUUCACAGUUUGGGCCCACCCACCCACCCGAGACUGGCUGACUUGUGGGCGGCGGCUCAGGUGGAGCCCCAUCAGGUGGAGAUGCUGGGACACAUGGGCGUGACCAUGGCCGAAAUGGGAAUGGCGGAAGUGUAUGGUGAGGAAUCCGUUGCGGAGACCGAAUGCAUCCCAGAGCAGCAAGAGGAGGAGGAAGUCAAGGAGGAUGACAUAACACUUACCCUGGAACCCGAGCUGACAUCCAUAACUCCUGCCCUGACCCCUCCAUCUCUGAGAGAGGACUCCACCCCAUCUGGGGGCAUGAGCCCAGGGCAAGCACCAGCAGAGCCAGUGGUUGAGCACAUGACCUACGAAGUCACAUCCUGCGUCGUCCAAUCACAAGAGAAGAAAGAAGAGGUGGGGGAUGGGGCCGUUGUUGUUGUGGCAACCAACUGACCGUUUAAAUCGAGGGGCAUCCGAAAAAACGGAGCGAAAAAAACGAAACUGUGAAAUAAUCCAUCAGUUAAGCUAUUGUAUACGCUCUUUUACCCCAGAUGUGUAUUCGUAAGGACUGUCACAUCAGGAACAGAUUUAUUCGUUAUCAAACGCCGAAAGAACAGAGCUCUGGCCGCCUAUAGAGACUAAACGCGGGAGAGUGUCAAAGCCAGGAUGAUACAAUUUAUGUGCUGCUGCUGCUGUUUUAUGGCAGGAGCACUGGAGUCCAAGGCCGCUUACGAAUGAAAACGAAGAGUGCAAUACUGAGAAAUCAAUACAACCAAAAGAAAGUGCAUGCGGUUUUUUUUUUUUUGAAUAUUUAAAUGACUGAAUUAACAGUAUCCACAUAGUAAUAAUACAUAUUGAUUUUGUAAUAAAACUAAAAGCCAAUGAAACAAAUAUGUAUUUGUAUGUAUAUAUAUAACAUGUAUGUACUGUAUGUAUGUUAGUAUGAAUGUAUGGAUGUAUGUGUAUUUAAAGGUAUAUUCUGAAAAAAACGUUACGACUUUGCCGUUUGCGUGAAGUGUUCCCUAGGUACCUCCAACACACGCACACACACUUACACAAACACUGAUGCACACACAAGUACACACCCUGGAAAACAUGUUUUUGCUCUUAAUAUAUCCAAGCACAAUACUGCCCAAAUGGAAACAGUGCUGCCCUUUUCAACAUCCUAACUGUAUUGUUACUAAGACUUAUGCACUACUAUGGACAUAAACGAAUGUAUUGCCUAUCUUCUUAGCGACAGCCCGGUUCUGUCCUCAAGUUUUUUUGUUCUGUUCUGCGUCAUUUUUCUCAUCAAUGUCUGUGUUUAUCCGUUUGCGUACUGCCUGGCGGAGCUGCUCAAUAUUGAUUUGCACUGAACAACAAAAGGAAAACUGAAGAGUCAUCGUCGUCAUUCUGGGACGUUCCAUUAAUAUUUUCAUGCAAAAAGAGGAGUAAACUUUGGAUGCUUUUAAUCCGUUGAGGCUGAGACUACAGGAAACCAAACUGUGAAUCUUGAAGACCACUCAUGGAUCCAUUCAUUUCCAUUUUUGAUGAACUAACAUGUAGGAGCCAUUUAUAUCAUGCAUGCAUGCAUUUUCUAUGUUAUUUACGUUAUAGCUUUCCCUGUAGCUGACAUAAUGCAAAGAGAUAAACUCUCAUUACCUCAGUAAAAUCAUGUGGUAAUGGGCUAGUUGACAUGUUCGGUCACAGUGUGUUUUUGUCACGACAGACCGUAUGACUGUGGAAAGAAGUGAAAAGAAGGUGCUUUUCUGGUUAAUGCGUGCAGGCUUUCCACUAAUUAUUUAAUAAACUGUAAUUUAAAUACCCGCUGCAGAAAGAAGUGCCCUCGACUACUAGCGUGCACGCCAAACCUUUGUCGAUACUUACAUACGUUCCAAAAGAGAGAACAA